AAAAAAAAACCUUUUAGGGUUUCAAAAAAAAUAUCCAGAGGGAAAAACAAAGACCAAUUCUCUCUCUCUCUCUAGUCUCUCCUUCUCUCUUUCGUUUCCACGAUUCUGUUAGAGAUAGAGAGAGAAGAAGAUAUAUUAUUAUUAGCUUAAUUUAAAAGAAGAAAAUCGUAUUUUCCUGGGAAAUUUCAACUUUCUCCCGUUCCUGGUGAUUGAAAAGGGAUUUGGUUCGAUAACGUUGUGGUGAAACUCUUACUAUGUUUAUCUGAAAUUGGAUUCAAGCUAUAUGGAUUUAGUAAGAUGUUGCGAUUGUGGAUGCGAUUGCUCUCUCAACGCUUCGUGGAUUCGAUCCGUCAAGAGAAAACACGACGAGCUCGAGAGCUACAAACCUGAGCUUGACUUGGACUCGUCUUCUUCAAACGCGAAAGUCCAAAUCGAGAACGAAUGCGAGCUACUCCGCGAAACCGUCACCUCCCAGCAGGAAUCGAUCCAGGAGCUCUACGCCGAGCUCGACGAGGAGCGUAACGCGGCCUCCACGGCUGCGAACGAGGCGAUGUCUAUGAUACUGAAGCUGCAGAGGGACAAGGCUGAGAUCCAGAUGGAGCUGAGGCAGUUUAAGCGGUUUGCUGAGGAGAAGAUGGAGCAUGAUCAGCAAGAGCUUUUGGCUCUUGAGGAUUUGGUUUAUAAGAGGGAGCAGACGAUUCAGGCGCUGGCUUGUGAGGCUCAGGGUUAUAAGCAUAGGAUGAUGAGUUAUGGGGUUGAUGAGUCUGAGUUUGAUGGGGAGAGGAAUGAGUUUGAGUAUGAGCUUCCUGGUUAUGAUUAUCCUCCUCUUAAGUGUAGUUUGAAUGAGAAUCCAGAUCUGGAGGCUGAUGUUGAAGAUGUUGAAAAGUAUGCACUGACUGAUUCUUCACCUCAUGGUAGAGAAGAUUUGAAGAGUUUGGAACAGAGGAUAAGUCAGAUGGAAAGCGGUGAUGUAUCCGGAGGAGGGAGAACUUAUUUGGAGAAGGAGGUGGUUGGUCAGAGUCCUAGUUCAAGUAGGGAUCAAGGGCCUGACUUGUCAGAAACAGGAGAUAAUGAGAUGGAUGAUAGAGUCUAUACCAUUGAUUCUAUCCAUCACAGUGUAUCUCAGAGUGAUGUUUCUGAGCAGAAGUUUAAGGAUGAUGGCUGUGGAGAUAAAUUGAAUCAGCCUGAUGAUCAUAGUGAUCCUGGGAUAACGAAGCUCUACGCGAGGCUUCAAGCGCUAGAGGCUGACAGGGAAUCGAUGAGACAGGCGAUUGUGUCUAUGAGGACUGAGAAAGCUCAGAUGGUUCUUUUGAAAGAGAUUGCGCAACAUCUAUCGAAGGAUAUGGUUCCUGAACGGAGAUUGCCUCUGCAGAAAGCGUCUGCUGUUGGAGCAUUCAGUUUCAUCUCUCUCUUUAAGUGGAUCACAUCUUUUCUUUUCUGGAGAAUGAGGGCUCGUCGAAGCAAGUACAUGAACGGGAUGCAACGAAGCAACAUGGGGUUGCAAAUACUUCUAGAAACGACUCCACGGAUACGGCAAUGGAGAUGUCUCUCAAGAACGCAAGUGUGAAACAGAUCACAUUCUCCAACUCGGUGAAUCUGAAGGCUCUUAAUGUGAAUAUACUGGGAGUAACAUCACUCUCCCAUCAUCAUUCAUGGUUGCUGAGAAAAAAAAAUGUUUUCUCUGUGUGCAGUUUCUUUCUUUAUUUUGCAUUUGCCAUAUAUUUCAUUUGUUAUUUGGGGGUUUGAAAUUGCAUAAUGUCUUGAAAUGAGGUUUGAUUAUUGUCUAAAAGCUUGUCUUUUUAUACUAUAAGCUGUGUAUAAUUUUUCCCACAUUCUUGUUUGGGUUUUCUCUGGCAAAGUCAAUCCUUUAAUGAAGCUACUACCAUCAACAAAGUUUUAUUUCUCUU